AUGUUUAAAUUGAAAUGUUUUAUAAAUUUACCUUGACGUUUUCUUACGCGGACUGUUCCACAGUUAUUACACAUCAAACCAAGAUCGCCAUACAAGCUAAUAGAAAGUGUAACCGUAAUGGCGCCAUAAUUUUCAAGCUACAAUGGAGAUAUUUUCCAGAGCUAAAAAUUGCUUCGCAUUUCGUCUCAAAUCUCUAACCACCUUACAGCGGUUAAAUCAUCUUUUAAUUGAAAAUUAUCUACUAUUAUAUCCUAGAAUGGCUUCCACCGAUUCUAAAACUCAUCAAUGUUCUAGAAUUGACAUGUCUAAAUGGAAAACGAUAAAGGCGAAUCUUGCUGGUGUUAACCGUUCAAUGAUUCAUUCCUCUGCAUGGGUUGUUUUGAGCAUUCUGCAUGAUAAAGGUUUUGAAGCUUACUUAGUUGGCGGAUGUGUGAGAGAUUUACUUCUUAAGAGAAUACCUAAAGAUUUUGAUAUUAUAACCACAGCUAGUCUUAGACAGGUGAAGAAACAAUUCCAUCGUUGCGAGAUUGUUGGACGAAGAUUUCCUAUAUGCAGGGUGCAUGUGAAAGGCUCAACAGUUGAGGUAUCCAGUUUUAAGACUGUGGCAGAAAAUAGUAAAGAAAAAGGAAAGGCUCUUUUGUCCCAAAUACCAAGUGGCUGCGACGAGAAGGACUUUAUCCGGUGGAGAGAUAGUAUGCAUCGGGAUUUCACAAUUAACAGUUUAUUCUUUGAUCCGUCCAUGAAUAAAAUCUAUGAUUAUGCUAAUGGCAUGGCAGAUUUAAGUUCCUUAAAGCUACGGACCAUAAUCCCUGCUCACUUAUCAUUCCAAGAAGAUUGUGCGAGAAUAUUGCGAGGUUUGAGAAUUGCUGGGCGUUUGGGCUUAUCAAUAUCAAAGGAAACUGAAAUUGCUAUACACAAGCUCUCAUCUUCUAUUAAUAGUCUGGACAAGGCCAGGAUAAUGAUGGAACUCAACUACAUGCUAUCGUAUGGAGCUGCUGAGUCUACUAUCUGUUUGCUUCGGAGAUUCAACCUAUUUGAACUAUUUCUUCCAUAUCAUGCAGCAUAUCUUAAUCGACAGGGUAGUGAGACCUCUUCUCAAGAUCCCAGGAUGUUGAUGAAAUUGUUCUCCAAUUUGGAUAGACUAGUUAGUUGUGACCGGCCUUGCAAUAGCAUUCUAUGGGUUGGACUAUUAGCAUUUCACCAAGCUUUAGUAACUAAUCCGCAAGAUGCUCUUGUUAUACGGGUCUUGGCUUCUGUAUUGUAUCAUGGAAAGUGGAAGGAAGGUGUUGAAUUUGCAAAAGCAAACGCUCAAGUGCCAGUCAAAUUUGCACCGGAAAUCUCAGGCUUCUCUGAAUCUAAAUCAGAUCAAGAACUUGCAGAGGAAGUUAGUCGUUUAGCACUUCUAAUCCAAGAUUCUAUUGGCUCUUUUGUGAAUACAGACAUUCUCGCACAGUUCAUGUCUGGAUAUGGAGUUCCCUUUAAUUCUAAUUUGGUAUUUGUAUCCAAUAAAAUGGGAAAUGAUGUUGCUCAGAUUUUUGAUGUGCUGGUCCAUGAUGUUAGUUCUUACAAAACUUUGAGAAAAAGUUUCAAGAUUGACUACUCCCUUCUUGGGAAGGGACAUCAUCAUGAGACUAGAUUUGUUCUUGGUAAAGUUAUACUGGAAACUUUGAGUGGUCAUACCAGAGUAAAGGUUUCGGAGGAGGGGUCAAAGGUAGUUGCGGAGAAACAUGAUGAAAAACUAUCUGAUCUAGUCAAGGAUCAUAUAGUGGAAUCAAAGGAUAAAACACCUAUAAUUUCACAAUUUAUUUAUGAACAUGAGAAAAAGACGGGAAAAAAACGGAAAUUGGUAAAGACAAAAUGCAUUUCUGGGCAGGAAGAAGCUGAAGAACAACUAUGCACGUCACCGAUGAAUGUAUUAGAGAGGAAAAAGCAACAUGUGCACGGGAAGUCCAGGAAUAUAAAUAUAAGCAACAAAUGCAUUACUGGGCGGGAGGAAGCUGAAGGGCAACUAAGCAUGUCGCUGACGAAUGUAUUUGAGAAGAAAAGGCAACAUGUGCAUGAGAAGUCGAGGAAUAUUAAUAUAAGCGACAAAGGCAUUUCUCUGCGGGAAGAAGAUGAAGGACAACUAAGCAUUUCUCGGCAGGAUGAAGCUGGAGGACAACUAAUCAUUUCUCGGCGAGAUGAAGCUGAAGGACAGCUAAGCUUUUCUCGGAGGGAUGAAGCUGAAGGACAACUAAGCAUGUCGCCGAUGAAUGAAUUAAAGAAGAAAAAGCAACCGCUGGAAGGGAAGUCUAGGAAUGUUAAGUUACGCAUUGAGGAGAAAGCUAAGCACCAAGAGGAGAAAGAUUGCCAUGUGAUAUGCCAAGAGGUGGUCAAGGAAAAGACUGAAAAUCUAAAACAGACAUCGGUUAAGGAAAAGAGUGGUCGAGCAUCUCUAUAUAACAUUUUCAAGGGAUGACAAUUUUGUUUGUGCACCAGAUAUGAAUUAUGUCAGAAAUUGAGGAUUAUCAUACCCUCAGUCCUUGUUCCCUUCGUGGUAUGCACACGCGCCCAAAACUCCGGUAACAAAAUUUUGGUGGUGAAGCUAUCAAGAGACUGGUAAAUCUCUCUCUCUCUCUAUCUCUUAGCUGCGUGCAUCCUGUCUUACAUGUGCAUCGGUGUAUGCAUACAUGUGUCAUGGAUAUCUAUCAGCUCAAAUCCACUUAUUUCCUGCAACCACCCACCGACUUGCUCGCUUUUUCCUAAGGCAUUUUGUUGAGUGAUGACUAUUCUGGAAACUGAAAGCCUGUAAAUGUUGCUGAAAGUUGCACCCAUGUUUAAAACAUGUCAAAUUUUGAAGAACGAAAUCUUUUUGUUGCAGAACAAUAUAACCAUAGGAAGUUGUGGUUCUACUUCUUCAUGCUUCAUUUGCAGACUGUAACUGGGAAUUCCAUGUGCCUGCCUGAGCUUAGCUGUUGUAUACUUCAAACUUCUAUUCGUUGCAUAAGUGCAUAUGAUAUUGUUGUUGUUCAUACCUCAUAGCGUAAAGGGAAAAAAUAACAAGUUGCUAUAUUAAUUUAUCUUACUCGAAUCAGUUUUUCUA